AUGCCUCUCGAGUUUGAACUUUGUCCAGGAAGAAGGAUCGGGGGGUCAAACCCCUGUUUCAUCAUCGCAGAGAUCGGUCAGAAUCAUCAAGGAGACAUUGACAUUGCCAAGAAAAUGAUUCGCAUGGCUAAGAGCUGUGGUGCAGACUGCGUGAAAUUCCAGAAGAGUGAGCUCGAGCACAGGUUCGCCAAGCGCGCGCUCGAGCGUUCCUACUCCUCUCCUCACGCGUGGGGGGCCACAUACGGGGACCACAAGCGCCACCUGGAGUUCAGUCAUGCGCAGUACAGAGAACUGCAGAGCUUCGCUCAUGAAGUGGGCAUUUUCUUCACCGCCUCCGGGAUGGAUGAGAUGGCUGUAGAGUUUCUGCAUGAAAUCAACGUCCCCUUCUUCAAAGUCGCCUCAGCCGACACCAACAACCUUCCCUACCUGGAGAAGACUGCCAAGAAAGGUCGUCCCAUGGUGAUCUCCAGUGGUAUGCAGUCGAUGGAGAUCAUGCGCAAUGUUUAUCAGACGGUGAAGAAGCACAACUCAGCGUUCACCUUCCUGCAGUGCACCAGCGCGUAUCCUCUCCCCAUGGAGCACGUCAACCUGCGCAUCAUCACCGAAUUCCAGAAGGAAUUCCCAGAUAUCCCAAUCGGUUACUCUGGACACGAGGCAGGCAUCAGCGUGUCCGUGGCUGCUGUAGCUCUGGGUGCAAAGGUCGUGGAACGGCACGUGACCUUGGACAAAAGCUGGAAAGGCAGCGACCACGCGGCGUCACUGGAGCCGGCCGAGCUGGCGGCGCUGGUACGGGAGAUUCGGGUGGUGGAGGUGGCGCUGGGAUCUCCAGUGAAGCAGAUGCUUCCCUGCGAAUCCUCCUGCCACAGCAAGCUGGGAAAGUCGGUGGUGGCGAAGAAGGCGGUGAAGAAAGGCACAGAAUUAACCCUGGACAUGCUGGGGGUGAAGGUGGCAGAACCGCAAGGCAUCCCGCCGGAAAAGAUCUUCAAACUGGUGGGAAAGAAAAUCACCGAGGACGUGGAGGAAGACGACACCAUCACAAACGACAUGAUCAAAUACUGAUUCCUUCAUUUACAUUUAUACAUCUGUGUUUCGUUUCAGAUAUUUUUACUGUGGGCAGCUGUGGGGUUUGGAAAAAUGUUUUAUUUUUAAACAUCUGGAAAAUAUUUAAGGGUGUGUAAGGGAAUGUCUGUGUGUGUGAGGGCGUGAAGAUCAAGUUGUGUUUUUUUUCUUGGUCGACAAGUAAGGUUUCUGAUUCUGAUUAUUCCUCUUCCUCAGUGCUGGGUUACCAGUUACCAGUUACCAGUUACCAGUCUAACGUUUACUUUACUUCUUAAACACAACACGGAGUUUUUAUUGUUUCACUGAUUGCUGAAUAGAUUUUUCAUAUAUUGAUAUAUUUGUAUGUAAUGUGGGCAUAUAUUUAUGUGCUUUGAAUUAUCAAAUCAAAUCAAAUAAACAAUAUUCACUUUAAAAUGCUUGUAUCUUCUGUAUUUACAGUGCUGUGCAUAAGUAUUCACCCCUUGAACUUUUCCACAUUUUGUGGUGUUGCAAUCUGAAACCUGGACGUUCUGAUGAACUGA